AUUAGUGUUUGUGGGCUGCUUCUCUUUCUGUGAGUUUCUGAGAAAGAGUAAUCUGAGUUCUUUGAUUAAAAUGGCGGAUUUCAUCUCCUCUCUCAUCCUAUUAUGUUUCAUCCUCAUGUGUUUCUCCGAGGCUACUUCUCCCCCGGAUAAUAUUUUUAUUCUUGGUGGCCAAAGCAACAUGGCUGGUCGAGGUGGUGUCACAUGUGACAAUACGACGAUGCACUACUGUAAAUGGGAUGGGUAUAUCCCGGUCGAGUCUCAAUCUGAAACAUCGAUCAUUCGAUUCACUGCUGGACGCCAAUGGGAAUUAGCCCAUGAACCACUACAUUGGGACAUUGAUCGGAAGAAGACCAAUGGAGUUGGCCCCGGCAUGGCUUUUGCAAAUGAGCUGUUGGCCAAAGCUAACAAGAGCAUUGGAGUUAUUGGUCUCGUUCCUUGUGCCAUUGGAGGAACCUACUUGAGAGAGUGGGUUAAAGGGACCAUUAACUAUACCAAAUUGGUUGAUCGGAUCAAUGCUUCCGAAAUAUAUGGAGGGAAAGUUCAAGCAUUUUUCUGGUUCCAAGGAGAGUCUGAUGCUUCGGUGAGAGUAGAUGCAGAGUUUUACAAACAAAACCUCGCAAAGUUCUUAACUGACCUGCGGAAGGACUUGAACCGCCCAAAACUGCCCAUCAUCUUAGUGAAGAUAACAACGUAUGAUACUCUCAUAAGUCCAAUCAUGAACUACACACAAGUUAUAAGGAGGGCUGACGAGGCAGUGAAACACAAACUACCUAAAAUAAGUACCGUGGAUGCUAAGAAAGCUAUUCAACGUGUUGUCAGUCACCAAAAACCUGGCCUUAACGAAGAUAAAGGCCAUCUUAGCGUCUACUCAGAGGUGGAAGUGGGCAAAAUGUUAGCUCACGCUUAUUUGCAAAAAUUUGCCUAAUUAUUUCCUAAAAAAACAUGGCACUAAUGUUUUUUUUUUCCAUCAACUCUCAUUUGAAGUCUAAGUAUGUAUUUUGUUUAGUUCAACAAUGGCAUGUACGAGUGAUGGUUGA